GAAUCGAUUACUUAUUGUGUCAAACUUUGCCAGCAGGUUCCUAUACGUCUUCAAAUUAAAUGACCCCCACCCCAAGCUAAACUCCUUUGAUCUCCACAGCAAAAUCAGCCAGUUCUUUACAUCACCUGCUCCAUCAAUGGCUCAACGUCACCAUGUCCCCAAGUUUGGUGGCUGGGAUAAUGAUAAUGUUCCUUACACUGCCUACUUCGACACUGCACGCAAGGAAAAAUCCGGCAUGAGGAUGAACCCAAAUGAUCCGGAGGAGAAUCCAGAGGCCUUCAUGCAGGCUAGAGGGGGCAUGGAAGAUGAUGUUGAUUUCUCUUCUGGCGCCUAUCAGGGAAUUACUGCAGAACAUCACAACAUUGAUCAGAGACUCAAAGGGCACAAUGCACACGGGACAAGAUCUGCUAAUGAUCAUCAGAAGAGUGCAAGCCACAAUAGCAUCACAUCAGAAUCAGGAAGUGAGAAGAGUAGUUCCGAGGGAAAUAAAGCCUUGUCUUCAUCAAGACAUUCUAGACAGAGAAGUAGAAGCACUCAUUCAACUAAUCAUGAUGGUCAUCAGAGGGGAGCAUCAAUUCCCAAAUUUGGAGCAUGGGAUGAAACAGAUCCAAACUCAGGUGAAGGUUUUACUGUGGUUUUCAACAGAGUGAAAGAGGAGAAACAAAUUGCAUCAACGACAUUUCCUUCUGUGCCAACCCAACCAGUAAAUCGUCAAACUAGUCAAAGAAACCAAGGAAGUUCUUCCUCUCUAUCAAAGUUCUGUUGCUGUUUCUUUCCGCGAGGGAAAUGAGUGACUAGAUGGCUACUUCAGCUUCUUACAACCUUUGCUUAAGAUCUGGAGAUACUAGAUGUCUUGCCAU